UACACACAAACCACAACUACGCCUUCGGUACAUUACGCUCGAGAACAGCAGGCUCGGCAUAAUGGACUCCCCCGAGAUACCCAAGAUCGACAACGAGAAGCUCAAAAAGCAGUUCGAUGUUUCCCAUUUCGACCUCAACGCCGUCCUGCGGGGCAUUCAGUUGACUCUCGUCGGAGCCCACCGAGCCCUCCAGAAUCCGGCAUUGUUUACCUCGGAAAUCUACAAACAGGCCGUCGCCGCCGUCAUCGCCGGCCUGGCCAUUCGACUGAUCGUGGCCAUCCCCGUCACCGGCGUUCGAGUGCUUUUAUGGUUUCUCUCCUUCGUGUUUCGCCUCGACUCGGUUACGUGGGAUGAUGGUAUCGUCGGAGGGCUCAAUUUCAUCGAGGAAUAUGUGCUUCAGGUUCCGUUCUUCCUGAUGGCGCUGAUGCGUUAUAUCACGCCAACGCUCGACAACAUGUUCAUGGACUCGCUGCGGUGGGUCGACUUGACGUACGUCCGGAAACACAAGCAGGACGACCCCGACUCGCUGAGGGACAUGUACUACCCCAACCUAAAGAUGUACAAGCCCGCCGACGGCAGCACCCAUUCCACCAGCACGGCCGAGGCCGUAUCCGUGUUCCUGCUCCGGUUCGCGCGCAAGGGCGCCAUCUCGCUCGCCGUCUUCGCCCUCUCGUAUCUCCCCGUCGUCGGCCGCUUCGUCCUCCCCGCGGCCAGCUUCUACACCUUACACAAAGCCGUCGGGCUCGGGCCGGCGUCGGUGAUCUUCGGGACCGGCGUCUUCCUCCCGCGGCGCUAUCUCGUCAUCUUCCUCCAGAGCUACUUCGCCUCCCGGACACUGAUGCGCGAGCUCCUCGAGCCAUACUUCUCCCGGGUCCGGUUCACCAAGGAGCAGAAGAAGAAGUGGUUCCGCAGCCGCGAGGGUCUCCUGUUUGGGUUCGCCAUUGGGUUCUACGUCCUCGUCAGGAUCCCCCUGGUCGGCGUCUUGGUGUACGGCAUCGCCGAGGCUUCGACCGCCUACCUCAUCACCAAGAUCACCGACCCGCCUCCGCCUCCCCGUGAGGCGGCCGAGUUCGCGGCCAGUCAGCAAGAGUGGAGGAACAAGCACGAGUUUUUGAGCCUCUCGCUGGACAGCCUGGACUCUAUCCACAGGAUAUCUCGUCCGAACAAGCCGCAGCUGGUAACCGACAACCCCUCGACUUUACUGUCGGCGGAAAAGUCGGAGUGAGAUGCAGGACGAUAGUAUCUGCGCGAGGCAACGAGAGUUUUUUUCUUCUUUUCUUUUCUUUUCUUUUUCUUUUUCUUUUUUUUCGGCAGUGGAAAACGAAACCAAUCCAAUAUUUCCCACCAGAGGUCACCCAACCACCCACUCGUCCGUCGUGACAGCAUUAACAACAUAAUUAGACGAAUGUCUCGGAGCUUUAUCGCUUAUCGCCUAUCGAACUCGUACCUUACUAAUGGAACGAAACCAAACCCCGCGGAGCAAGCACGCGGCUUCAAAUGCCGAGUCAAAAACCAUUCAGUCUUCCCUUUUUUUUUUUUGAAUGAUUUAAUUACGUACCGUAACUGAUAUGGGCAC